ACCCGUGCCCUCAAUUCAUGAACAUCCAAACGAACCCAUCCAAGCGGAACCAUCCAAACGACGACUCGCCGCUCGUAAUGCCUUUCCCGUCCGCCCCCGCCCUCUCGGAAGCCGGUUUCCUGCCCGCCCUUCCCCGUAACCUAGAGCAGAUAAUCCUGACCCCUCACCCGCCCAAGCCGCUCCUGGUCAGCGAUCUCCCUCCCAUCCCGUCGACCGCCCUCGCGCGCGGAGUAACCGACUUCGCGGCCUCCAACCUCCCAAAGCCCACCUUCAACCACAGCAUGCGCGUGUACCACCUCGGCCUCGCCAUCCGCGAGCAGCACCUCCCGCAAGCCACCUUCUCCGCCGAGGUGUACUACAUGCUGAGUCUCCUCCACGACCUCGGCACGACCCUGGCGGACACGGCGAUGUCGUUUGAGUUCUCGGGCGCGAUAAAGGCGCGGGAGACGCUGCUCGUGCUAGGUGCGGACGAGGUGUUUGCGGAUUCGGUGGCCGAGGCGAUAAUCAGACAUCAGGAUGUUUAUGAUGGUGCUGCGGACGGUGGACAGGGCGAGACGCUGACGGCGUUGACCGCGGUCGUGCAGUUUGCGACGUUGCUGGAUAAUACGGGGAAGUUUGCGGGGUUGGUGCAUAGUGGGACGAUGGAUGACGUUGUUGCGAAGUGGCCGAGGGAGGGGUGGACGGGCUGUUUUUGUAGGGUGAUCAGGGAUGAGGGGGAGAGGAAGCCGUGGUGUCAUACCACCACCAUUGGCAUCGAGAGGUUCCAGGAGCUGGUCAAGGGGAAUGAGGUGGCGAGUAAGUAUGAGGUUGAGAUGGCGGAGAGGGUAGUGUAAUGGAUACCUGGUUUAGGUGUAUGGCUGAUGAGGAUAGGGAGAUAAUGUUGCUAUUUAUUCAAUGCACACCGUAAAUACAAGCCAAGUUGACAUUGC